AUGAAACCGGUCCUGAUUUUUGCUGUUCUCGCCGCACUGACUGUUGCAAGCCAAGCCAAGGAUGCCUUGUCGGCUUGUGAUUCUUGUAAAUCGAUGGUCCAAAACUUCAUCGACGCCUCCAAGGACAAGAUGAAGAUGUCUCAACUCAAAAUCUCGCUUUCCAUGAUGUGCGCCGGAACUUCUCAUCAAGCGGACUGCUCCAAGACCGUUGACAAACUGGAUUUCAUUGCCUACAAACUUGCUCCAUACUUGAAAGACACCACCGCCGUUUGCUCCAAGCUUCAAAUGUGCGGAGAGUCUCAAUUCUCUCCACUCGCUCGUCUCGCAAUGCUCUAUUUGAAAAAGUCGGAGAGCAUCGUGGCAAAUGAUAACAUUAUGAGACAACAAGUUUGUGACGAGUGCCAGGCAUCAUCGGGACAACUAGGACAACUCUUUGGACAGGAUUUCACUGCCUACGCUGUCAAAAACGCCAUUCAACGUUUCGUUUGCCGUAGCGCCGGAAAAGCUCACAAGGCAUGCAACAUCUUCGUUUCCUCCAUUAUUCCAGACUUGAUGACCGAAAUGAAGGAAAUCUUCACUGAGAAAGAAAUGAUGUGCUCCAACAUGGGAUUGUGUGCCGCCAAUACCAAGAGAGCCGCCCGUCCAACACCAAAACAGCCAUUGAAUGAUUUGUGGAAGACCAUGGGAACUGUUAAGACCUCUAAUGGAGAGGAAAUGAUGUCUUGCUUUGAAUGCACACUUGGAGCUGACACCCUUCUUGAGGAGUUCAUUGAUAAGAGACAAGCCACCGCCGACGACAUCCAAGCCGAAGCGUGCGACCACGUCGUUCCAGGAGCCUGGGGACCAGGAUGUCAAGAUUUCGUCCACAUGUACAUGUCCACUGUCCUUUUCUUGACCUACAAUCAAUUCGACGGACGUGGUAUUUGCACUAUGAUUCAUACUUGUGAGAAAAAGGAGAAUGCUCUGAUGGCUCUUGCCAAGCCAGAACGUGCUCAGAUCGGAUGUGCCAACUGUCAAGUGGUUGAGAAGUUCAUGGCUGAGAACCAAGAGGCUCUUCACGCUCACGCUGUUGAUGGAAUCUACUCGAACGUCUGCCAGAAGCUUCCAACCGCUUUGGGAACUAUGUGCGAACAAUCGGUGAUCCGUCUCUCCGAGAAGUUCUUCGCCCAGUCCGCCAAAUUGGCUGCCAGUGGAGCAAUGUGCUCUCAGGUUUGUUUGAUUCAAAAUUUUUCUGCGACAUCACUUUUUUGCAGUUGUGCUAAGCGGAUCGGAUCAACUGGAGAUAAACAUUUGAACAUCUCAAUUAAUCCUCCAAAGUAA